AUGUUGGCUGCUCGCCUCAUCAUCAUCAUCGUGGUGAUUAUCAUCAACAGCGUACUCAUUGCAAUGAACGACAACUUCAUCAUGAUACUUUUGUGCCACCAACAACAGAUCAACCGCAAGUCCAAACCCCAAAACAUGCAAUUCUUUGUGAUCGCAUUGGCCCUCGUUGGCUUCGUGGCUGCCGAUGUUAGUCAUCUGCUGCUUAAUCAAAAUGCUGGCUACAGCUACAGCGCCUCAUCUUCCUCAUCCUCCUUAGCUUCGGCAGCUCUACCUGGCGGCGACUCCAGCAGCUAUCAGCCUGAGGACUUGAUUCCCCAGCACCUAAAAGCAUCGCACGUCGGGACUGUUUCAGCUGAGAUUGUGCCUGGCGGAGAUUCUAGCAGCUAUCAGCCUGUUCAUCUGAUUCCUCAGCAACUUCAGACUGAAACUGAGGUCAUUCCCGGUGGAGAUUCCAGCAGCUAUCAGCCUGCUCAUCUGAUUCCUCAGCAACUGCAGUCGGAAGUUGGCUCAGCUGAAGUUAUUCCCGGUGGAGAUUCCAGCAGCUAUCAGCCUGCUCAUCUGAUUCCUCAGCAAUUGCAGUCGGAAGCUGCUUCAGCUGAAGUUAUUCCCGGUGGAGAUUCCAGCAGCUAUCAACCUGCUCAGGUGAUCGAGCAGCAGUCAUUUAAUCUGGGCGCUGAUACACAGACUCCCGAGCAGUUCAUUCCCGAGGCUGAUCGCAUUGCACAUGCUCAGUAUGUGCAGGAACAGGAGCAGCAGCAAGCACAGGUUGUUGUGCCUGGUGGCGAUUCCAGCAGCUAUCAACCUGCUCAUCUGAUUCCUCAACAACUGCAGACAGAAACUGAGGUCAUUCCUGGUGCAGAUUCUAGCAGCUAUCAGCCCGCUGAUUUGAUUCCCCAUCACUUGAAGGCUUCCCAUGGCACCUACAAUAUUGGAGCUGACACUCAGACUCCCGAGAAGUUCAUUCCUGAAGCGGAUCGCGUUGCUCACUACGCCUACACGCAAUCGCAGACGCUGACGCAAUCGCAGCCGGCUGUGCCAUCGCAGGAACUCCAAGCAGCUCAGGUGGAGACUGCUUCGUAUAAUCUGGGCGCUGAUACCCAAACUCCCGAGCAAUUCAUACCCGAAGCCGAUCGCAUUACGCACGCCAACUAUGUGGAGCAGGAGCAAUCUCAGUCGCCGGUUGUCUACCAGGAACCCGUGUCCAAUGGCAUCGAGGAGUUCAAUGCCGAGACGCAUGUGCCCGUUAUCAUUGGUGCCGACACAAUUACACCCGCCCACCUGCUGCCCAAGUACUCAGCUGGUGCCUCUUCCUCCUCCUCCUCCUCGUCGAGUGCAUCAUCUGCUGAUACGCAGUACGGAUCGAAUGGCGGUUAUAUUUAUUAA